AUGAAUAAAGAAAAUGUUUGUUAAGCCUUUAGGACAGUUAAAGUUAGUAAUCGUGAACUAGAAACCUUAGUUAAUUCAAGAGUUAAUUAAUUGUAGAGAUAACUAUAAGAAAAAGAAUAAGAAAUUGCUUAAUUAUAAUAAUGUAAUCCACCUGCACAUUCUCGUUUAAUGGAAAUUAAAGUUGAUGCCAUUUAAACAGAGAAUUAUUAAUUAAAAAAUUAAGUUAAUCAUUAUGAAUCUAUGAUUAAAACACUCUAGAAUAAAUGCAAUACAUAUUAAAAUCAAUUAGAAACUAUGACAAAUUUACUCUAAGAAACUUAAAACACAUUAGAAUUUGAGAGAUAAGCCAAAUAGGCUUUAGAACUUUAAUAAUCAAAUAUAUAACUUGAUGCAGAAUCAGAAAAAUCUGUUAUUAAAACAUAAAUUGAUUUAUUGAGAAAAGAGAAAUAUCAAUAUUAAUCUUAAUUUUAAGAAAUUGAAUUACAAUUAAAAUAAUAAUAAUUAGCUAAUAUGGAACUUACCUAAGAAUUAAGCACACUUAGUAAUUCAUUUUCAUAAAUAUAAUUAUCAUAUUCAAAAUUAGAAGAAAAAGCUUAUGAAUUGGAAUCUAAGAAUGAUAUUUUAAUUUCUUAAUUAGAUGUCUAUAAAACUUAAAAUGAAUAAAUGAAAUCUUAAUUAUAAUAAUAGAAUCCUAAGAAUAUAGAUAAAUAAUUUUAAUAAAAUGAUAGAAUUGCAGAACUUGAAGGUAAGUUAAGAUUAUCUUAUGUAAAUACUUCAUAAUUUUAAUAAUUAUUGAAUGAGAAAUAAGAUUAUAUAAAGAAAUUAGAAAAAUAAUUAUAAAGAUAAUAAAAUUUAAAUGAGAAUAAUAAUAUCUUAUAAGAUUAAUUAGAGAAAUCUUAAUUUAAUUUAGAAGAAAUGUAAUUUGAAAAUUAAAAAAUUGCAAAGUAUUAACAAUAAUAAAUAGAAUAAUUAAAGAGACAAUUAGAAUAACAAAGUAAUAAUAAUGAAGAAUUAAUUGAAACAAAAUAAUAAUUAUAAAAAAUAAAAUCUGAAUAUGAAAAUUAUAAAUCUAUUAAUGAAAGUAAAUUAAAUGAUGUAAUAUAUAAUUUUAUUUAUAAUAGAUUAAUUCAAAAUCAAUGAUAGAUUAAUAAAAUUAAUGGAAUUUUGAAAAAUCAAAAUUAAUGGAUUAAAUAUAACAUUUAUCAAAUUAAGUUGAAGUAUAAUAAAAUUAAACUUAUGAUUAAUUAAGAAUAUAAAUUGAAAGUUAAAUGGCAUUAAAAUAUGCAGCUGAAAAAGUUUAAUUAGAAAAUUAAUUAUGGGCAGUUUAAGAAUAAUUGGAUGGAAUAUAAAAUUCUAUUGAAUUAUAUGUUACUAAAAUCAGUUAAUUGAAUAUUGAAAAUGAUUAAUUAAGAGAAUAAUUAAAUGAAAAUUAGAAUAAUUCAAAACAAAUAUUGAUUUUAGAAACACAAAUUCGUAACUUUUGUGUUGAGAUAGAAAAAUUAAAGAGUAUUAUAUUAUAAAAGAGUGAUCAAAUAGAAUUCUUAAAUUAAAAGAAAAUUUAGACAGAAUAAUUGGUUAAUUAUGUAUAAGAUUUAGAAAGAAAAGUUAAUCAUUUAAGUUAAGACAACUAAAGAUUAAACAACAUAAUAAUUUAAAGAUGUAAAAAUUCUUGGUGA